AUGGGUGAUGCUGUAGAGAAUGUAGUGGCCUUUAUUCAGAGCCUAGAUGAAUAUGAAGAUGAUGAAGCAGGGCAGAAGGAACGAAAGAGGGAGGAUGCUAUUACCCAACAGAAUACAAUACAGAAUGAGAGUUCCAGUGCAGAUGCAACUGGUUCAUAUUUAUUACAGGACUCCUCCAGGAUGGCUUCAAGCAGAUUUAAAAGCACACCUAAUGCACCAGAAGAGGAUGUUGCAAACAGAUAUUCCCGAACAGACAGGACAACAUAUAGCAGAUACAGCAGGGAUGCAAAUUCUUCUGGGAAUUCUGUACCAAGUAAUGCUUUGGAAAAGAGGAUUGAGGAACUCGAAAGAGAACUUGCGAAAGAGAGACAAGAAAAUGUGAGAUUAAUGAAGAUGACGCAGGACAAAGAGGAGCUGAUAGUGAAGCUGAAGGAAGAAAUUGAUUUACUAAACAGAGACCUAGACGAUAUAGAAGAUGAAAAUGAACAGUUGAAGCAAGAAAAUAAAACCCUGUUAAAAGUUGUUGGACAGCUGACAAGGUAGAAGGUUCAAGCAAGCCUCAAUGAGGAAAGAUUUUUAAAAACUACUGAUUGAAUGUUACGGUCAAUAUAGUAAUACUUCCUGUGUUGCAGUAUGUUAAAAUAACUGUCUUUAUAUUUAUUAUUAGGAAACCAGAUGGAUGUUUAUUUUCAUAAUACUUUCUCCUUCGUUCAGUGAAAUGGCAUCAAUUUUGGGGUAUAUUUUUAGCUUUCUUUUCAAAGGAGAAUAACAAUUUUGACAUAUAUCAGAAUGUUAAAUUCAAACUUAUUUGGAUUUUGUAUCCUCAGAUUACAUCUGGAUAAAUUACAGUAGUUUCAAAUUCGUAGCACCAAGAUCACUUUCAGUCUAGGUGGGUGUAUAUUUUUUGAAUGAGUGGAAGCAAUAGAUAUAAGCUUUGUUUACACAGAUCCAAAAUAUAUAUUUUGGGAACUAUUUUUUUUUUGUUUAAGCAGCUGUAAAGUGGAUGCCUUAUUACUGAUGUAUAACAUUUUGCAGAUUGAUUACUUGCUCUAAAAUCUCUUGUAUGUUGAGGUUUUUUACCGUAUCUGAAAGAUUGAUAAUAGUAGAGAGUAGCUUUUUUUCCCCCUGUAUAGCAGUAUUCUGGCAGGAGGGGAAGUUUUAUUAAAAAAAAAAAAAAA